AUGGACCAUAAAGGAUCUAGAUGCAAGGUAGAGCCAUUUGCAAGUGGAUAGACUAUGUACAGAUUCCUGUAUUUUCUUAAAAAAUAUAUACUUUCCAGUAUGACUUGCUGGACAUAUUUUCUACACUGACAGCUUAUUCAGUCCACAGUUUGCUCUUUGAAUGACUUUGAAGGAAGGAAAAGUCAUCUAAUUUGGGAUGAAAGUCACUAUGUGGAACAAACAUUCUUUCUUUUGCUUUUUACUUCUGGCUAUGACAACAUACCAGAUAGUAUAUGGGCAAAACAGAAAGAAAGGAAAAAAAUCUAAUUCUCUUGUGCAAAACGAUGAGGGUGAUAUGUGUCUAAUUGAUAUAGUCUUUAUCUUGGACAGUUCAGAAAGUGCCAAAAAUCAGUUGUUUAAUUUACAGAAGAAUUUUAUUCAAAACUUAACUGACAACAUUUUCCAGAUGAAGCCAGUUAAAUCUCAGAAGUACAAUAUCAGACUAGCAGGUAUGCAGUUCAGCAGCACAGUCAGCAUUGAUCUUCCCUUUACAGCAUGGAAAAAUGUGCAGAAUUUUAAAGAGAAAAUCAAGGCUCUGGGCUUCAUUGGCCAUGGAACCUACUCCUAUUAUGCAAUUUCCAAUGCCACUCAGCUGCUUAAAACUGAAGGUCGUAAAAGAAGUGCAAAAGUGGCUUUUUUGAUGACUGAUGGUGUGGAUCAUCCAAACAGCCCUAAUAUCCAGGGUAUAGCUGCAGCAGCUAGGAGUCUUGGAAUAUAUUUUUUCACCAUUGGCCUUUCUAAGAAAAAUGUUCAAGAAGAAAAAUUGCGUAUGAUAUCUGGUGAUUCAUCUUCUAAACAAGUCUUAUGCCUGGAUGAUAAUAACUUGAUAGAUGAUGUAGCAUCAGAGCUGGAAGCCUUACUUCAGAAGCAGUGUAUGCAGAAGAACUGUGUGUGUGAAAAGGGAAUAAAAGGAGACAAAGGUGAUUCUGGCAGUGCUGGAAACAGGGGGGAAAAAGGUGAACCUGGACCAAAAGGAAACAAGGGUGAUGCUCAAAAAGGAGAUCAUGGAGAAAAAGGUGAAGAGGGAGCUCCUGGCUAUAAGGGUGAAAAGGGUGAAAGAGGGGAAUGUGGAUCCCCAGGAAUAAAAGGCGAAAGAGGAUUGGAAGGUCCUUUUGGCCCAAGGGGACCUCGGGGACCUCAGGGUGUCAGUGGACCUCCAGGUGAGCCAGGCCUGAAGGGCAUUCAAGGCAGCAAGGGAGAACAAGGUCCUAUAGGUCCCUAUGGUCCGCCAGGACUCCCUGGUGUUGGACAGCCAGGACCCAAGGGUGCUCCAGGUCGAGAAGGUAAAAUUGGAUUCCCAGGACCUCCUGGAACUGGUGAGCCAGGAUUACCUGGACCACGUGGCCCUGAUGGUCUGCCAGGUGAGAAAGGUCUACCAGGAGAGGGCAUUCAAGGACAAAAGGGUGAAAAAGGCUCUGAAGGUGUAGCUGGUCCAACUGGACUGCCAGGUCAAUCAAUCAAAGGUGACAAGGGUGAACAAGGCCAAGUAGGACCACAGGGCCCAGCAGGACCACCAGGAAUAGGCAAUCCAGGAAGCCAGGGUGUACAGGGUCCACAAGGAAAUCCUGGGGCAAAAGGAUCCAAAGGUUUUGGUCUGCCAGGUCCAAAGGGUCAACAAGGUGAACGUGGACAAAAAGGAGAACCAGGACUCCCAGCAACUGGAUUACGAGGACUUAAAGGAGAUAUAGGUCCAUCAGGAGUCCCAGGAGAGAGAGGGAUGCAGGGAGACCCUGGAAAGGCAGGGAAAAAGGGUGAAAAGGGAGAUCAAGGUCCAAGAGGCCCGGAAGGACCCCCUGGCAAAGGAGAUGUAGGCCAAAAGGGUGACCCAGGAGAGAAAGGAUCCCAAGGACUGAUUGGUUAUAAAGGAGUACAAGGCCCAGCUGGACCAAAAGGUGAACCAGGAGAGAGAGGGCCACCUGGAGUUGCUGGAUCAUCUAUUCAGGGGCCACCUGGACCAAAGGGAGAUCCCGGACCCAAGGGGCCACCAGGAGAUGACGGGCUUCCCGGAAAUUCAAUAAUGGGACCAAUGGGUAACCAGGGCUUGCCCGGACUACCUGGACCCCGUGGAGCAAAAGGUGAUGGCCAUAAAGGUGAAGCUGGACCUCCGGGACCAGCAGGCCCUCCAGGACCAGCAGGCCCAAAAGGUGUGGGAGAUCCUGGACCAAAGGGAGACCGUGGAAUGAAAGGCUAUCCUGGGCCUCCCGGGCCGCGGGGGAGCGGAACGGUUGGUCCCAAGGGUAUUAUGGGACAGAAAGGCUUGCCUGGUCCACCUGGCCCCCCUGGUGAGAGCAUACAAGGAGACAAGGGAGAAAAAGGAAAUCAAGGCUUUCCUGGACCAAAGGGUUCAACAGGAAUUGGUAUUCCUGGACCAAAGGGAGACUAUGGAGAUAAAGGUGAUGCAGGAAGCAAAGGUGCCAAAGGAGAGAUGGGAGAUCCAGGACCUCCAGGACCAAAAGGAAUUUGGGGAAGGAAAGGUGAACCUGGUCUUUCGAGAGAAGAAGUUAUCAGACUUAUCAGUGAAAUAUGUGGUUGUGGUAUCAGAUGCAGAGUAACACCGCUGGAACUAGUAUUUGUCAUUGACAGUUCAGAAAGUGUUGGACCAGAUAAUUUCAAUAUUAUCAAAACUUUUAUGAAAACAGUCAUUGACAAGGUUUCAGCCAACCAUGCUACAACUCGCAUUGGGAUUAUCAACUUCAGCCAUAGAGUGGAGUUGGUGUCUUCUCUGAAUCAAUACACAACCAAAGAACACCUGAAAUCUGCUGUCGAUAAAAUGCCCUACUUAGGAGAAGGCACAUACACAGCUUCUGCCAUUGAAGAAGCUAUUAAGUUAUUUCAGGCAGCACGCCCAGCAGUGAGAAAAGUUGCUGUGGUAAUAACGGAUGGACAAGCAGACAGUCGUGACAAAGUACAACUGGAUGUGGUGGUAAGGGAGGCCCACGCUACAAAUAUUGAGAUAUUUGUCAUUGGGAUUGUUCAGAAGACUGAUCUCCACUACAAGGAUUUUCUGAAAGAAAUGCACCUCAUUGCAACAGACCCUAAUGAAGAACAUGUUUACGAGAUAGAUGACUUCAUGACACUUUCAGCUCUUGAAAAUAAACUCUUCACAAAAAUUUGUGAUAAUGUAUCUGAAGUCUACACCAGAAAAGAUGUUCUAUCUCCAUCUCCAAGCCCAGAAUCUGAAAUACCCACUGAAGUUAGUCAGUUACCUAGAAUGACGACUUCAGAGACUUAUAUGCCCCCUACAGAAGGAACUGGUUACCCACUUAGUCCACCACAGACCAGAUAUACUGAGGCGCUGCCAUCUGCUCAGGAUCACACUGUGACCGCUUCUGUUCAUAGAGAAUCAAAAUUCCCCCCACUUUAUGACGUAGUUGAAUCCAGACCCCACAGUCCAGUUGCCAAUCCUUUGCUCAAUGUAACCUAUGCUGAAGAUCGCCGCCUAACAGUGUUGCAACCACAGGUAGCAUCAACUCAAAAAGAUCCAAGGUGCUUGGAACCUAUGAAACCAGGGGAUUGUCGAGACUACGUGGUAAAAUGGUAUUAUGACAAAAAUGGCAAUUCUUGUGGCCGGUUCUGGUACGGAGGUUGUAAUGGUAACAACAAUAGAUUUGAAACAGAUGAAGAAUGUCGAGAAACCUGCAUUGAUGAAUAAAAAUGACUGCCAUUUGGAGUUUUUAAAGCUGGGAGUUCACGUCUAUUGAGGAUGAAAUGGCUGAGAAGAAUCCAAAACCUGUGUGAACAUGAAUAUAUUACUGCCACUCUCCACUGCUCUUCCCAUUAUGGUAUUCACAUUAACUAGAUUCCUGUAUAGCAUGUUAUCUACAAUACCAUAGCAAUAACUUUAUUACACACACACACACACACAGAAGAACACAACUUUUCCCUCCACGUUUAUAUUAAUUUGGUAAUACUACAUGUGGCAAGGAUUAAAAUUUAUUUUAGGAUUAAAAUAUCAAAAAUGUUUACACUCAGCAUUUAAUGACAGAGGUCUCUUGUUCUCUUGGAAGAAUAAAAUGUGCUCUCAUUUUAAACAAAAGUAAGUGGCUCCUGAAAUUAGUGCUCUUAUUACAGCAUUUAGUGCCAUAAAUUAAGAUAAAUUACAGUACCUCAUUUGAAUGUAGAUUCCACAGCUAUAAGUAAUUAGAAUUUUUGUUGUUGUUGUUUACCCCAUUAAAGCACAUUUGGAUUAACACCAGUACAAUCUUUUCACUUGUCAGGGUAGGACUUUCAUUGGGAAUUACAUAAAACCCAGGAUUCUUCAUAUCCUUUAUAUCAAGUCUGCACAUUUCAUUUCUCAGCACCUCUGUGUUAAACUGAAAAAAAAAAAAGUGAUUUUACACUUUAAUAUAUGCUAUUAAGUUUUUAAUAUAUGCUAUUAAGAAAAGCACUGAAAGAUGUAUAUAAAUAUUUGCUAAUAUCCUUUCUACUUUUAACCAUAACCCUAAUAACCCUAUUAUUAAAACUGAAAAAUAUCAUCAUGUGAUUAAAAUAGAAAGCAACAUCUGAUAAAGUCUGACAUUUGUACUCUUUUGUAGACAGAAGAAAAAAAACAAACACCAACAAACCUUAGUAUCUACAUAGGCAUUCUGGACAGUUCUUGAUAUGUUUAAACAAUGCUUGUACAACUGCUACCCCUCCCCAGGUAACCAAAAGAUGGCAUAUGCCAUGCAAAAUGAACUUGUUUACAGCAGGUAGGAUACAAACAUUAUUCCAGGGAAGGAAGUGCAUGAAGUACAGUUUAAAAUUUUAGAGAUUUUUUUUUC